UGCAGAUGGACGGAUCAUACUGACGAGAUCAGCUUUGUACAACUGACUCGUAUUUCCUGUCGUUAGGCUGUUCUUGUAAACCCAGUCGUACUUCUUGUAUGGUAAUACAUGCCUCUAGUCUGUCUUAGAGUUGUGUACAUAUUCUCAGACCGGCGAUGUCUUUUAAGUAGAUUAUGUAGUAGACUAAAGUUUUGUGAUUUAAAGUUUAAAUUGGCUCCCUCACCCUGCAAUAGUUAACUCAUGUAAAAAAUGACAUCGGACAUAGGCGUAUACCGUGCACAGUAUUUUAUUUCGUUUCAUACAAAUGUUAUACACAUAAAUGCAACUCUAGUGACAGACUAUGGCUGCAGCUACUUUCUUGCCGCACUGUGUGUGACACAGCGACCGGCGAUUACGAGUCAAGCACACUCAACCUCACGAAGCGAAAAUCAAUACCCGGCAUCAGAGUGGUGUUCUGGACAGGGGGGAGAGACACAGCGGCUGUUGACCUCUCACAGUGUACCCGCCCGGGCGCAGGUCCGCUUGGAGAGAAAUUCCGGGAAAAAUGUGCUCGAUACUGAACCGGCCAGCGCUGGGCAGGCGCUCAGACACACUUCACGGGCACGCCUUGAAGCAGGUUUUAAAACUGAACCACGAUGCAAAUAUAGUCGGUUCGAAAAACACCGCGGGUGUCAGUUUCUAGGGAGUGCGGAGCAUUUGUGGUUUACAACGCCUCUCCAAAAACAACGGAGCCCGAAGAGCUGCUGGUCGAGACUCUGUCAUCAUAAUAGUCCACUUUUAAAAGAUCUGCACAGAAAAAAGGUGAUUUUCCUUGAUACAAGAUCCAGAAAUCUUCCAUUCAUAACAAUGUGUUUUUAAAAACGAUGAGUGAUCUUAUUGAGCUGCUCAGCACGUAUUUGUCCCUGUUGGCUUUGUAUUCUCUGCGCGUGUGCCGCGGGCACAGUUUCAGGUCGUACAGGUCUCGUUUAUAGCGAAUGUCUCUGUGACAGAGGAAAGAAAGUUGUUAAAAAUCGCAACAGGGGGCACCGCCGCAGACUGGAGGCGUCAUUCAGGGCGGGGUACGCCGAGGCCGAGGCGCACAGGGGGGCGACGCGUCUGCGCCUCCUUGGGGAUCACCUGCAGACGGAAGCACAGCUCGUGGGGAUGGACAGGCCUCCGGGGAGCCCUCUGACCACACACGUGCUGGACACAGCCCGAGGAGUUCCUGCUGCCCGCCUGCCCCUCGGCCUGUACAGACUGGACUCCGGAGCGGCAGGGUGGACCCUGGUGACCUCGGGAGCCACCAAUGACGAUGGACGAUGUCCAGGCCUGAUAACGAGGGAUGCUUUCCUGUCUGGGAUGUACAAGAUGCGUUUUGAAACCGGGCAGUACUGGGCAGGUCUAGGAGAGACUGGUUUUUAUCCAUAUGUGGAGGUUGUCUUCAGUAUCACAGACCCGUCUCAGAAGUACCACGUGCCCCUGCUCCUCAGCCCAUUCUCAUAUAGCACCUACCGCGGGAGCUGACAGGACCACCCCUCUCUCCACCCCUGCAAAGAACAGGAAAUCUGUGAAGCAAGAAGUUUUUCCUUUUAUUGUCACUUGACAUGACUGUAGUCCGGCUGAAUACUUUCUGUGAAUCAUAUUAAACAAUGAGAAAAUGUACAGUGUCUGUCAAAAGUAUUCACCCCCUUGGACUUGUUCCACAUUUUAUUGUGUUACAAUGUAUAAUCCCAAUUUAUUUAAUUGGGAUUGUUUGCCAUCGAUAGUGUUUUGUGUCGAUCAUUGGCAAACAAUCCCAGUUAAAUACGUUAUGAUUCUAUAGUGUAACAGAAUAAAAUGUGAUAAGGUCCAGGAGGUGAAUAUUUUUUACUUUAGACACUUUCGCUCUGCUUCUUUGGCAUUUUGCUGCAUUUGGCCACAGAUCAGGUUGCAGUAGCACUGUUUUUCUGACACUACUGUUUAUUUGACACUUAAGCUUAAAAUAUGUUUUUAGGAAAUAUACUAACGUGUGUCUCAUGGAGAGCAAGUUGGGGGUAUGCGAAAAGACAAAUUCUUAAUACAAGAAAUUGUAUAUGGCCAAUAAAGUGAUCUCUUAAAACAUGUAUUUCAUGUUUCUAUAAUAUAUCCAUGAGCUUUUUGCUCUCCCCAGUUCUGGCUAUGAAAAAGCCCAGCUGUGUUUCUCCAAAUAUAUUUUAUUUGGUUUGUGGUUACCAUUACCACGCAACAUUUAAACGGUAUUAUUCCGUGUACAAGCUACAGAUUGUAAGAACUAUCUUACGUGGUUCCGACUACCACGACAUGUUUAUUCAGAAGAUGAAAAUGUGUUUUCUUAUACUGUGUGAGCGACGUAACUCGUAAUAAAUCAAUA